AUGAUGUCGGAGCUUCCAGAUUGGUUUGGCAGCUGCAUUGUUCUCGGAGGUGAAAGUAUUCCUUGGGGCGGGGGAAGCAAAGAAUACGGGGUGCUUUGCAUUCAGGAAUACAGAAAAAAUAGCAAAGUGGAGUCAAGUACACAAAACAGCUUCAUGGGCUUGAAGGAUCAUCUGGGGCACGACCUGGGCCACCUUUAUGUGGAAAGUACUGACCCACACUUAAGUACAUCUGUACCUUGGUCAAUGGUAGAGAAGCCAACGAUGGAUAAAGUCAGUUCCGGGAGGGAAGAAAAAGAGGUGUCUGAAGAGAAUACGAGUUCUGGCGACUCGGAAGAAAGCACACAUUCUGAUAAUGAGUCAGAACACUUGAGAAGCGUUUCCGUAGAGCCAUGCUUAUUAACCAAGACUCACAGACAACUGUGUAGGUCUCCCCGCUUAGAGCCUCACAUACUCAAAUGCAGCGACAUUUUGCAGGACUUUAAACCUGAGGAGUCCCAGACGACGUCCAAGGAAGUGAAGAAGCCCCCUGAUGUGGUGCGAGAAUACCAAACAAAACUGGAGUUCGCGCUGAAGUUAGGCUAUUCGGAAGAACAGGUUCAGCUCGUGCUUAAUAAACUCGGUACCGAUGCUUUAAUCAACGACAUCCUGGGAGAACUCGUCAAGCUUGGAAAUAAAAGCGAGGCCGAGCAGACAGUGAGUACGAUUACCAGCGUCACGCGGGACUCGUCUUCCCUGGAGUCUCAGCGGUCUGAGUCUCCGAUGCAAGAGAGCGCAGCGGACGAGGGGGAGAAUCUGAGGCCAGUCGUCAUCGACGGUAGCAACGUGGCAAUGAGCCAUGGAAACAAAGAAGUAUUUUCCUGCCGGGGAAUCAAAUUGGCAGUGGAUUGGUUUUUGGAAAGAGGCCACAAAGAUGUUACAGUUUUUGUUCCGGCUUGGAGAAAAGAGCAGUCCCGGCCUGAUGCUCUUAUCACAGAUCAAGAAAUUCUGCGGAAAUUAGAGAAGGAGAAAAUCCUGGUGUUCACACCAUCCCGACGAGUGCAGGGCAGGCGGGUGGUGUGCUAUGAUGACCGGUUCAUCGUGAAGCUGGCUUUUGAGUCAGACGGGAUCAUUGUGUCCAAUGACAACUACAGGGACCUGGCAAACGAGAAACCGGAGUGGAAGAAGUUCAUAGACGAGCGAUUGUUAAUGUACUCCUUUGUCAAUGACAAGUUCAUGCCCCCUGAUGACCCUCUUGGCAGACACGGCCCAAGCCUGGAUAAUUUUCUGAGGAAGAAACCUAUUGUUCCUGAACACAAAAAGCAGCCUUGUCCAUACGGAAAGAAGUGUACCUAUGGACACAAGUGCAAAUAUUACCAUCCCGAGAGGGGCAGUCAACCGCAGCGGUCGGUGGCCGAUGAGCUUCGUGCCAUGUCUAGAAACACCGCGGCCAAAACCACCAACGAAGGCGGACUGGUGAAGAGCAACAGCGUUCCCUGCAGCACGAAGGCGGACAGCACUUCCGACGUCAAACGAGGUGCUCCAAAGAGGCAGUCGGACCCAAGCAUAAGGACCCAAGUCUACCAAGACCUAGAGGAAAAGCUUCCCACCAAAAACAAAUUGGAAACCAGGUCUGUACCCUCUUUAGUUAGUAUCCCGGCUACUUCUACUGCAAAACCCCAAAGCACUACAUCUCUAAGCAAUGGCCUUCCAUCUGGAGUUCACUUCCCACCUCAGGAUCAAAGACCACAGGGACAAUACCCUCCAAUGGUGAUGGCAACCAAAAAUCAUGGAACGCCAAUGCCUUAUGAACAGUAUCCCAAAUGCGACUCGCCUGUUGACAUCGGAUACUACUCCAUGUUGAAUGCAUAUUCAAAUCUGAGUAUCUCAGGCCCACGCAGUCCUGAAAGGCGUUUCUCCCUGGACACAGAUUACAGGAUCAGCUCCGUAGCUUCUGACUGCAGCAGUGAAGGGAGCAUGAGCUGUGGGAGCAGCGACUCCUACGUGGGGUACAACGACCGGUCCUACGUCAGUUCUCCCGACCCGCAGCUGGAAGAGAAUCUCAAGUGCCAACACAUGCGCCCGCACAGCCGCCUUAACUCCCAGCCCUUCCUGCAGAAUUUCCACGACCCCUUAGCUAGAGUGCAAAGCUACAGUCACGAAGAACCAAAGUACCAUCACAAGCCUCCUCUGCCACACCUGGCCGUGCAUCUGCAGCACCCAGCCGUGGGCACCCGCUCCAGCUGCCCCGGCGAGUACCCCUCCCCUCCGAGUUCCGCGCACCCGAAGGCGCCCCACCUGGGCCGGUCCCUCGUGGCCACGCGGAUAGACAGCAUUUCGGACUCCCGGCUGUACGACAGCUCUCCUUCCCGACCGAGAAAGCCUUACUCCCCCCAGGAAGGGCUGGGAAGCUGGGAGCGGCAGAGCUACGGCCUGGACGCGUACGGCUACCGGCAGACCUACUCCUUGCCCGACAGCUCCACGCAGCCGGGGUACGAGCAGUUCACCUUCCAGAGCCUGCCCGAGCAGCAGGAGCCGGCGUGGCGCAUGCCGUACUGCGGGAUGGCCCCGGAGCCUCCGAGGUACCAAGACAGCCGAGAAAAGAUUUACAUCAACUUGUGCAACAUCUUCCCCCCGGACCUUGUGAGAACUGUCAUGAAAAGGAACCCUCACAUGACAGAUGCCCAGCAGCUCGCCGCGGCCAUUUUGGUGGAGAAGUCACAGCUGGGCUAUUGAAAGAUGAUGCAUC